GAAAGAGCUUAUUUCGCUGUCGGUGCUUGAAAAAAGAAACACAGAGCGGCGGGAGUGUUUCCGAACCCGCCAAUAAAAACCUCAGAACCUUAAUGUGGUAGAUCUGCAACAACUUUGAUCUGUCGGUGGUCGUUUUAGGUCAUCGAAAUGGGAGCCAAAUCGGACUCCAAGGGUUGCAAAUGGUUGAGUUGGUUCAUCGUCUUCGUCGUCUUGGCCAUCAUCGCCGGCGCCGUCGCUCUCGUCCUCAUCAAAAAGAAGCAAAACGAGUCCGACAAUGAGCCGGCUCCGGUCCCGGGCCCUCCCGGCCCCGUCACCCAGAAAUACUCCGACGCCCUCAAAACCGCUAUGCAAUUCUUCGACAUCCAAAAAUCGGGUAAGUUGGUGGAUAACAAGAUUUCGUGGCGAGGCGAUUCGGCUUUGAAGGAUGGGAGCGAUGCGAAAUUGGACUUGUCUAAAGGAAUGUACGACGCCGGAGAUCACAUGAAGUUUGGUCUUCCGAUGGCGUUCACUGCCUCGGUGUUGUCUUGGUCGAUUCUCGAGUAUGGUGAUCAUAUGGAUAAGGUGGAUCAGUUAGAAGAGGCUCAAGAUUCGCUUAAGUGGAUCACUGACUUUCUUGUCAAUGCUCAUCCUAAGGACAAUGUGCUCUACAUUCAGGUGGGUGACCCUAAAGCGGACCAUCAGUGUUGGAAUAGGCCUGAAGACAUGACUGAGAAGAGGCCACUCACCCAGGUGAACACAUCUGCUCCGGGGACUGAGGUUGCUGCCGAAACCGCUGCUGCUAUGGCUUCCGCAUCUCUGGUGUUUAAGAAGAGCAAUCCCACGUAUUCAGACAGUCUUCUUAAGCAUGCCAAGCAGUUAUUUACUUUUGCCAACGAAAAUAGAGGGUCUUACAGUGAGAGCAUCCCCGAUGUUCAGAAGUUUUACAAUUCCACAGGGUAUGGAGAUGAGCUUCUGUGGGCAGCUGGAUGGCUUUAUCAUGCAACUGGGGAUAAGACUUACCUCGACUUCGUGACAGGGGAUGGACAAGAGUUUGCUGAAUUUGAUAAGCCAUCGUGGUUCAGUUGGGAUAACAAGCUUGCAGGAGCCCAGGUUUUGCUAUCCAGGUUGACCUUCUUUGGUGGAAGCAAAGACAAUUCUGUCCUUCAAAAGUACAAGAAAACAGCUGAGGCUGUUAUGUGCGGCCUCCUGCCAAAGUCUCCAACUGCCACCAGCAGCAGAACAAAGAAUGGUAUGAUAUUUAUCAGUGAAUGGAAUGCUCUGCAGCAUCCCGUUGCUUCUGCAUUCCUGGCUGUUGUUUACAGUGACUAUAUGCUCUCCUCUAGGACAGCCAAAAUAACUUGUAACGGAGAUUCCUUUAAGCCAGCUGAUAUUCGGAAAUUUGCUAUAUCUCAGGUUGAAUAUGUCUUGGGCAACAAUCCUUUGAAAAUGAGCUUUCUUGUUGGGUAUGGGGAUAAAUAUCCAAAAUACGUCCACCAUAGAGGAGCUUCAAUCCCAGCUGAUGCAAAGCCUAGCUGCAGUGACGGCUUCAAGUACUUCAAAUCAAGUGACCCCAAUCCUAAUGUAGCUACUGGAGCACUUGUAGGGGGCCCAUUCCUAAAUGGAACUUACAACGAUGUCCGUGACAAUGCCAUGCAAGGGGAGCCUACCACAUAUAAUAGCGCCCUUAUAGUUGGCCUUUUAUCAAGUUUGGUCACCACCUCUUCAGUAGUUGAAUCAUUCACCUCCUAGAUUUAGUCCUAUGUAACACUACUAUUCAAAACACGUUUGUAUUAUAUAUUGAUGUACCUGUGUGCGCGACCUGUAUGUUUCAAUAGAAAAUUUAGUGCUGUAGUAGUUCUGCUUUACAAAGUGAAUGCAUGAUUUCUGAUUUGGGUUC